GAGAACGCAAAAGUUUUUGCGCAGAAACGCAAACGUUUUGCGAAAUAACGCAAAGAUUUUCCCUCUCAUUUUUUUCCACCACCAUGUCCCUAAAAGGGCUCCGUACCAUUUAGAUCAGUUUAGGUGUAGUACUUUGUCGCCGUCUUCUCAAUUAAGACGUUGUUUCUAUUUAUAAGUUGUUUGCUCCAAGAAAUUUGUGUCAGUUAAUUCCCAUUAAUGCUGUAUAUGUCUCAUGGAAUUCAUGCUUAUACCUAGACCCGUUAAGAUAAAGAUUCUCACAUAAAUUGGUUAUGCUCAAUGCAUUCACACCUGUUGGCUUUCAAACUGCAUUCAGGUGAACCAGCUUCAAAACAUCACUAAUUCUGUUUUGUGAAAAUCCCACAACGAAGUGUCCAUGUGUUAUUAAAGAUCCAUAUCAUCACAUACUGCAUUCACACACAAAGCAGACAGCAGCCUUUGUUCUUCUAGCCUUUUUUACCAUUGCAUCUUGUAACUGACAUUUGCAUUCAGCUUAGGGAUGCUCUGAUACCAUUUUUAAAGACUGUGUACGAGUACCGAUAUUGUUUACAACUAGAAUAAUGUAAAAAAAUGUCAACUCAAAAUCUCAAACCUUGUUCCUUCUCAGAAGACAGUAAAGUGCCAAAAUGGGAGGGGCAAUUCCAGCAUUAUGGAUGUGACAUUUACACUACCGGACAAAAGUUUUUAGACACUUGAGUGAAAUGUUUCUCUUUAUUAAAAAAAACUGGAUCGGAAGGUGUAUGAUUAAAUAUCUGAAUGAAAUUAGUUUAGUAGACAAAAAUAUAAUUUUGCAAAAAUGUUUAUCAAAUGGAUGACGUUUUCACUGAAUAAUGAAGAAAGAACAGCAAAUAAUAGAUGGAUCCCUUUUAAUAUUGUUUAAAAUGCAUCUCAGGGUGGGACCUCAAGAAACUGCUUGACAAAAUGACAAACACUGUAGUCAAAAGGUGACUACACUAAAGAUGAUAAAAUAUAACAUGUUUAGAUUUUUUUUAUAAUUCCAACAUAAUUCCCCUGUUUCCUUUUAUUCUAUUCCAUUAAUUUUAUUAUUAUUAUACAUUUUGGAAAACAUAUGAACACAUAAGUAAGAAGUGUCCAGAAGCUUAGACUGGUAGUGUACAUUUUCAGGAAAAACUUGAAAUAUAAAUUCUCUGAAAAUGUAUAUUAUCAAUAAAUUAAAUUAACUUUAUUUAACCAAUCCCAUGAUAACCCCAGAUUCCAGACAAAUAUCAGUGAGCUUUUUAUUUUAAAUAAAGUUGAUAUAAAGUUUUUAUUAAAAAAUCAUGGUGUUAUGGAUGUGACAAAAAGGAUGCAUAUUUUUUGAAAGACAACUUUGCAGGAUUUUUGUGAAUUAAAAUGUACAAACCAGAAGCAAUAAUACCCAACAAAUGGAGUAAGGAUGGCUCUUACCAUAAAACCACCACCAAAUACAUAUUCUAUUUAAAUUCUGUAUUCAUAAUAAUAAGGACCAUAUGGACCAUUAUGAAUGUGACAAUUCACUCACCUGACUAUGUAAAACUAUGCUUUAAAAACAAAUAAGUGCUUCAACUGGGUAUUUAAACUACUGAACAUUGACAUCUGAUCUAUCAACCUAGAUUUUUUCAUUUUAAGGUAGACAUUUACAUUGAAUUGCCUGGAUCUUACCAAGAGACUUUCAAGACCUGUGACCUCAAAUUGACAGUUUGGCCAAUGGUCUUCUCUUGAUUUUCAGAGUGACUCAUUUUGAAGCCAUACUCAGACAGCACUUGACAAUCUCUUCACCUAAAGAACGCUUCAGAUUAGCAUGGUAUAGCUACAGGCCUACUGCAGUUUUGAAUGUGAUUAAGCAAGUGGCGUUUUUAACAUUCAAAUGCGAUUGAAAUAAUUACGGGUCCUGAAAGUUCUCUUCAUAGCUGUUUUGACUUAUUAGCGCUGCGGGGCACCACUGCAAACGUGAAAUCAAGAGAGAAAGCGGUUUUAAUGAACAAUAUUUUAACAUGUUAAAUUAGUGACAGCAACUGUAACUAAAUCGCUGAUGCUGAUGGGAAAGCAUCUCAGAGCUAAGGACUAAAUGAGGCAAAUAUAAUUUGUCUGAACAUCAGCCACAGACAUGCGUGGGAUUCUUGCUUAUAACACAUUAUUAUCUAGGCAUGGUUUUCAACAUGGAUGAGAUGUCUCUGAACCGGACCCAAAGCAAACAUUAUUUACAGACGUCAUUCAGGUCAUCCCAAGACAUUUCAGUUGCUCAUAUUGUGCUCUUUCAGAUUUAGUGUUGUUCUGAGUUUGGCUGAUAUGAUUCUCCUAAAGUGACACAAUGGAACAAUUCUUGACAUACAGAAAAUGUAAAAAAAAGGAAGCAGGAGUCUCUAUUUGAUCUUUAUUAAAGAUAUUAUUCAAAUUUUUGUAAGAUCAUUCAAACAAGUGCACGCUUACAUUUGAAAUUCAUGAAACAAUCCAAUUUUGUUUCACGUAAUGCUCAAAGUGCAGAACAUGCAUAGCUAAGCCUCUGGCUUGUGUAGCUUCUGCAGAGGCAUGAGAUUGGUGCAUUUUCGCUGAUCUAGAGCUACAUCAACAGCUUAAUCUCCACGUCCGCAGUUCUUAAAUAACCUUUUUUUCCUAAGCUUGAUGGAAAUGCUUGAUUUGAGCCUGAAAUGGGGUGGAGAACUACCUGGCACUGGGGUACAAUAAAGACAUUGGAAGAGAGAGCGUUCAUGGAAAUUACAGGUGCUUCAUAGUGGACCAGCGAAUGGUGGGGGUUGACUUUACAAAUGUUGUCCUUUUUGCAAAAAGAGACAGCAGUUUAAACCCACCAUCCCAGAAUUGGAAUACUUCCCGUGAUAAAUAGUUUAUCUUUGUGCUGUGCUUUUGCCUCUACUAUGCAAUGUAUCAUAUAAGGCUGUUUCUCAAAGAGAGUGGACCAUUGUGUGAUGUAGUUGGGAGACAAAAUAAUGAUAAAUGGGACCAGAGUUUUGAAUGUGGCUCAGUGCCUCAGAACAAGCUUUUGUUUAUUAUGGUAGAGGUUAAAUGAGAUUGUAUAGUUUAUAAAGAGGGAAAUUAAUCUACUGUGUCAUAUAAGCAUUUACUUGCGUCCGAUAAAUUAUAAAGCCUGUGGAUGUUUGUUCUGCAUAAGAGUCAGUUAAUCACAGAGUAUAGAAUAAGGUGGGCAUCAUUUUUUAACACUUCAUAGUCUUCAUUUUUAAAAUGAUUAAUGAUAUAUACACUGUUAAAUGUAAUUCAAGUUCAUAAAUAAUGUAAAACUGAAUUAGUUUUCAAAGUUAAUAAUUUAAGUUAAUCAACUUCAGUUCACUUGCAUGUAACAUGCAAUGUAUUGCAUUGUGAACAUAGUCAGUAAUUUAUUCUUCGUUACCAAAUGCUAGAAAUGCCUUUUUUUUAAGAAACUAAUAAUUGAUUUACCCCAAGCCCUGUGAAACCUGCAACUUGUGUGACUUUUUUUAUCUAUGCAAGGCCUUGUUGAAAGGAUCCAAGCAUAUUAUCUAUUUAAAGGUUUUUGAUUUAAUGAAAGUAAAUAGUGACCACAGCUGUCGAGUAAAAUGUCCAUCAGCUGCAAUCAUAAAACAGAGAUGUAUCUCAUCUCCUCUGGUGUUUCACAGAAGAGACGAAAGUCAUGCCGAUUUGAAACAACAUAAGGGGCAAUAAAUGAAGACUGGAUUUUCAUUUUUGAGCGAACUUUCCCUUUAAUGUGGUGUUUGCAUGAUGAGUUGGUAGUUGAUUUCAUUUGUACGGGAAACAGGCUGACAAACCACUAUUCUCUCAGCUGCACUCUCAAGCUACUCCGAGACAUUAUUUCGUGUGGUUAGAGCACUCAAGCUCCAGGCGAUCACAGCAGGGCCCUGGCCGCUCUGAGCUCAAUAAAACUGCCUCUUUUCCAGCCUCUGACUGCCCCUGUGCCUCUCCCAUUAUUCAUAGUUUCCGACGACUGCACCACCCUGAGCCUGCGCUGUCUUUAAAAGGUGUGCAGUUUUACUGCCCUUCUGGAUAAAUGUGUUUCCCACUCUCAUUUUCGCUCCGAAACAUUGCCCCAGGAUAGCCCCAGUCUCCAUGAUUUAGUCACACAAACAUACAUAUAUUAUCAAUUCACACACACAUACUCCUCACCAAGUUCAUUCUGAACACUUUCCUCAUAUUAAAUCCCUGGAUUAACAUCCUAAUGCAAAACUCUCGAAAAAAAAACUGACACGUUUAGAAUUUCUCCUAUGGAAGGUUUUGCAAAGAUGGUGGUAAAGGUUGACAAUUCAUGCUGAUUAAAAAUCUGAACUUCAGAAUAAAGACAGCUCCUAGAUCAGCAUAAUGUAUAGUGUUCACAAUCUCUCACCCAGCAGGCUACUGCGGUGCACAGUGACCGCUGUGUCUCAUCGUGGCAUGAAAUUGGAAAUGUGAAUUCCCCAGAGGCGGCAAUGCUCAGUCAUGCAGGAAGUGAAGUGUCAAUUUUAAGGAAAAGAGAAUAGAAGAUGAGAGAGGAAGUGAAGGACAAUGAGAUAGAGAGAGUCAGGUGAAGGCAAUGAAACGAGAGACUUUUGGCAUGUGUGCGAAGAGCAGCAUUGCUUAAAAUAUUGCAAUGCUGAUUCCAAAUGUCAGUGAUCACAAAACGUUCCAGGCUGCAGAAAUCUCUCCACUGGAAUUUCCAAUAAAAGUGCCUGGAGCCAUGCAAAGACUCCUGGGAGUUGAAAGACGGACCUUGUCAAGAUUUAUGUGAGCAAGCGUUUCCCAAGCGUCACGGGGAAUGUGUUACCAGCUGUGAGUUUCUACGAUCAGUGAUGGUGGUAAAACAGGGCGACUGCCCAGCGCCAGAAAGAGCCAGCGGCUUUGCUGCUGCCUGUGUGGAGGGAUGUGAAGAAGACGGAGAGUGCUCAUCCCAAAAAAAGUGCUGCCCGAACGGCUGUGGACACACUUGUCAGUCCCCAAAGAAUCUUUACAGGGGUGCUCCUCUUAAACCCAGAAAGGAGCUGGUCUUUGAGGAGCUACAGUCUGGUGGUGCGCUGGAGGUGCGUUGGUCCUCGAAGUUCAACGUUUCAGCGGAGCCAGUGUUGAACGUUUUGCAGAGGAGAUGGAACUAUGGCAUCCACCCCAGUGAAGACGGAGCCACUGAGUGGCAGGUGUUGGCACGGACAUCAGAGGAGCGUGUGUGGUUGAGAGACAUUCGGCCUGGUCGCUGGUACCAGUUCAGGGUGGCAGCAGUCAAUGUGCAUGGGACCAGAGGAUAUACCACUCCCAGUAAACACUUCAGAUCCUCUAAAGAUCCCGCCCCUCCUCCGGCGCCCUCUGACCUCCACGUCAGCGACAUGACCUCUGGUGCAGAUCGCUCUUUGUCUGUCCGCCUCAGCUGGAUUAUGACGGCAGACCUGGACAUCCCUGUCAAUCACUUUAAACUAUCCUGGAGCUAUUCUGACCAGACCUCGCUGCCCAAACUCAAAAGGAGACAGUCAGUCAGUGGGGACUCUACCUAUGCUGAGCUGGAUGACUUGAGAGAGAACAGGAGUUACGUAGUGGAGCUGCAAGCAGUUUCAUACUGGGGUCAGGUCCCCCUCAAGGGCUCCAAGGCCAUACUUCAGUUUACUACAAACCAGAGACAAUCCAAUUUGGAACCCACAGUCAUCCCAGUUUUCGUAAAGCCCCAGUCAGAUCUGUUAGACGUGGGCACACCGUUCUAUCAAGAUGGACAGCUUCAGGUCCGGGUUUACUGGAAAAAGGGAGAUCCCACUGUGAAUCGUUACCGUGUUCAGUGGUCUCCAGAGUUUUGCAGUCACAAUGGAUCCAGAACCCAGGAAAAGCUCAUCACCCAGGAGAAUUUUGCCAGCCUUCCUGGUCUUCAGUACUCUUGCAAAUACAAGGUGAUCAUCCAGCCUGUAGGAUCAAAGGCUCGAGCACAGGCGGAGAGCACAACCUUCUACACACCGUCCUGUGCAACCAUUCAAAGCAAGAGCCCCAAACCAAUUACCUGUUCCACUGCCUCAGUGGUUCCUCAGAAGGUCCUGAUCAAGGCAGAGAACCUGACAGCAGCAUUUUCUGUCUACAUGGGAAACGUGACCGGCCUGUUCUCAUGGGUGGUUGCAAUACCUCAACCCCCACAGCAAGUCACGGGGUACCAGGUCACAUGGGCAGAGCUCAUCACAGAGAGCCGCAGAAAUAAUCUGCCCAACAGUCUCAUAUCCCAGUCUCAAAUCCUGCCUCCUGAGCGUAACAUUCUGGUAGUUUCUGGUCUUCAGCUUGCGUCUCUCUAUAGGCUUGAGGUCCAGGUAAUCACUACAGGAGGACAAGGACCAGUAACUUCCAGAACCUUCCAGACACCAGCUCAAGGCAUGCCAGUCCUGCAUUACAAACCCCGGAUUAAGAAACACCAUUUAAGGUCGGUGAUGGAACGGCACUGAAGACCACAUUGCAACGAUUCAUCAAAAACCAGACCCGACUCCUCAGGAAGACAGAAAACCCGGAGAACCAAAGAACGGCUAAUUUCAUUUCAACCUGAGCCAGUCAACUGCCUCCGAAUUUAUCAUGGGGACCUGUUGUAAUGAGAAGAUCAUAUUGAUGUGAUUGAUGUUAUGAUAUCCGAGGGUCCAGUAAUUUCCUGUGGGGCUUCCACAAACUAAUUAGAAUCGAAUAUGCAACAAAGAUCUAGGCAUCGACUACCAAAAGCCAUAUGAUAAAACAAACAAGAAACAAUUGUAGUGCAGAAAAUGAAUUGAUUUGAACCUGUUACCUUGUGGUAUAUGGAGAUUCUUUGAAUGGCACCUUCCUAAAAAUGACCCGAAGCACUGCAAAUGGAGCCUCUUUAAUCCAAUAUUGCAUGUGAUGACUAAUUUGGUUUGACUUGUAAAUAAGUCUGACACAAUACUGUUUGUGGUUUUGCAUGUGUAUGUUCAGCAUGACAUUUUUCUGCUUGUUUGUGUCAAUAGCACCAAAUGAGGUAUCGACGAGAAAUGAAUUGCAGCUCUGAUAAAUGAGUUUUUAGGAGGAUGUCAUGUGGUGUGUGCUUAAUAUGCAGUGGAGAUGUUUGUUUGCAUUCAUGUAAUUCCUGUAUAUACUACAUGUUUUUUUAUUUAUUUAUGUAUGCAAUGCAAAUGUGUUACGUGGAUUUGUAACUUUCCGUGCGUGUGAAUAUGUACAGUAUGUCUGUGCAUGAAUGUAUGUGUUCUUGUGUGCGGGUUCCCCAGCAUCAUUCGCAAACAAACCCUUGCGAGGAGAUUUUGUAUAAAUAUAUUUGUUAAUUCCCAUGGAUGAUACAAAUGAAUGUACAUAUUUUAUAUGAUUAAAACUGUUAAACCUUGUUUUCCCUUUAUAAUACUGGUUGUGUGCUUUGUAACAGUGCUGCCUGUGGGAAUAUAAAAUUGCAUGUGAAUCCACAGUGCGAGCGACAUGGCAGUCAAAUCUUAACCAUUAAAAAUACAUUAAGAACAUCCAUAUAAAAAGAUGAAUUCCAUUCGAACAUUAACACGUUUUGCUAGUAAAACACUUCCAGUGGAUACAAAACGAUCAUAUUCUCUACUGCACUGGGAAACAACUUCCAGCCUGUGGCAAUAACAUAAUUGGGUUUAUUUUUCAAUGGAAAGAGACAUUCUGUUGAAGCACCUACACAGGGUUAUGCAUCUAUUUCUGUUGUUCGGUGUGUGCGCGCAAACCAAGCAGUCGUAAAGCCCUAAGCUCAAUGGACAAGUGUGCUGUUACUCAACAUACACAUAUCUAUACAGGCAGCUCUUGGGGCUCUCUAGUAACUUUCCUUAGAAUUCAGCUACUCACCUGGCCCUUAUGUCACAUGGAAGCAUGUGCAUGUGUGCUUGUUUGUAAUAUAGUAUAUUGAUAUGCCUGUUGUCAUUACACUUUACAAUAAUCCCAUAGCAGAUGGGAGACAUUAUAGAUGGCAUAAACAGAAUAGCCACCAUUUGUUUUCUCUGUAAGCUUUUCUAUAUUGUAGAUGCACUUGCCUACAGCUGUUUCUUAACAUAAUUCACAUCUACACACAUUUAGAUUGUAUCAUGGGAUGGAUAUUACAUGUGGCUUGUUUGGAUAGUCUAGUAUGACUUCCAUAUGCUGUACCUCACAUGUCAUUUUCGUGUAUAUAUGUGUUUGUGCUUGGUUUAAGCGGAUGCACUGAUAUAUAUUUUUCUGUAUGGGAAGGCUUUAUAACAAUAUGAGAUAUGUCUCUUAUUCCACUCCCUUUGAGAGCAUCCCACUGGAAUAUGAAGUUGUUUUUUUUGUAUUGUUUUCCAGUAACAAUAUUUAAACAUACUUACAUCUAGAUAAAUCUACUUGUGAAAAAACUGAAAAGCUAUUAUAUUAUAAAUAUUAUGAAAUGUUUUUAGAAAUCUUGCAUAUUUAAAAACUGGGAAAAUAUAAUUGUAUUAAACAAGAAAAAUCUUA